AUGACCUCAGCCGGCAGCGAGGACGAGGAGGCUCCCCUGGGGCGGGAAGCCUUCCGCACAAGCUCCAACCUGCCUGCCUUCACGCGCCGCAGGGAGCACGCCAUCGGGCGCGUCGCCGCCGUCGGCUUUGCCGCCUCGCUUGUUGGGGAGCUGCUGGCGGGCAUUGGGCCCAUCACUCAGGCAAGCUCAACCGAGGCUGGAUACCUGCACUACGAGACGGGCAUCAGCUACAAGUGGCUGUACCUGGCGUUGGCCGCCCUCACGGGCUGGGGCCUGCUGGGCGCGGUGCUGCCAGGCUCGCCCACUUACGACCCCCAGAACCUGCGGGAUGCCGACAAGCGCGCAGUGGUGGUGGUCAACCCCCUGAAGAACCCCCGCAAGUUCCUGGUGCAGAACGAGGUGCUGGUGGGGCGCAUCGCCAUGGCAGGCUUUGCGGGGGCGUGCGUGCUGGAGUACCUGUGGGGCGGCGAGGCGCCGCUGGCGCACCUGGGCCUCAUCCAGCCCGGCACCCAGCUGACCAGCGCGCCCUGGUGGGUGGGGGGCCUGGUGCUGCUGUUUCUGGCCAAUGGCCUGGGCCUGUUCUCGGCGCUGGGCGACCGCAGCCGCGACGACGACGCCUACUGA